UCAUGUUUUCUAAAGAACACCUGGACUGAAUAAACCUCUAUGCAUUUUGCUAAUCGCAGCUGUGGAGAUUCGUUAUGAAGGUUUUUGCUUCAGCGCUCGGUUCAUUGAGAAAGAAGAAUCUUCUCGUCAACCUCCACGUGAACUUAAUACACCAGAUGAUCUGAUCAGUCGUAAACUUGGUGCCAUUACUGAACCUCCAAUAGAGGUAUGGUGCAAGCCCCAGUCGGGUAUGAAUACUGUGGAAGAUUUAAGCAAGAUUAUCCGAAAGAUAGCAAAGGAGUAUAUGGAGAUGGUGGAAGCACAGAAGAGAACCAUUAGGUCUCGCUAUGAGUAUUCAGCCUCUGGCAAAUGGACUCGUGUAUGCAAUCUUCCGGAAAUUCGCGGGCUGGAAACGGUAGCCUUGACUGAAGAACAUGAAGAGCUCCUCAGUCGAUCCAUUAACAGCUUUGAAACCAGUAAGGAGUUCUAUAGUCGUAUCGGAUCACCUUGGCGAAUGGGGAUCCUUCUGUAUGGUUGUCCCGGAACAGGAAAGACAAGCCUGGUAUUCGCUAUUGCAUCUACUCUCAAGCGAGAUAUCUAUUUUAUGAACUUGAACAACAUCGAUUCCGACUCAGAGCUACUCAGUGCAUUUGCAAGCAUUCCAUGCAAAAGCAUUGUGGUUUUUGAGGACAUAGAUGCCAUGACACCCGUCCUUCAUAGACGAGAUCCUGGAAAGGCAGACAGAGGAGAUGAUCAAAAGUUUGGACUGUCAAGUAUGCUUGGUGUCUUGGAUGGGCACACUCUCGAGGAAGGCAUAAUUUUUGUUAUGACUACGAAUUAUAUUGACAAGUUGGAUCCAGCCUUGAUAAGACCAGGUCGUAUGGACUUGCAUCUGCAGCUCAAGUAUGCCACUCACCAUCAAAUGGAACACAUAUAUCGAUUGGUGGGCGGGGAUAGCUUGCUUGAAUUGUAUCCUGAACUACGAAGGGAGAUCCCGGAAUUUGUGAUUCCGCCGAGCGAAAUCAUGCAAUUGAUGGUUCUCCUCCGUAACAACAAACAUUUGAUACCACAGCAAUUACAGGAACUGGCCUCCAAGAGAAGCGGUCCAUCAUGGCAAACGUAGAAGGAUGGCAAUAGAAUUAUAUCAGCUAUUUUUGCUAUUAUUAGUACGUUAUUCUGAUUCAUAGACAUCAUCCUUACUACGCAGAAGGCGGACCAAAAAUAUAUAAUAUUGG